CUUUUCUUCUUCAUCUGCACUGUCAUCUUGACCGACUUUUGCCCUGGUGGUACAGUACAUCACUCCCGACUGUGGUGCGACAUACAUUACGACCCGCCCUUUCUGGAUACCUCGACACCGAUCCCAAUCAAGUGACUGGUUGCAGCGGCCUACACAGAAGUUUCAGGUGCUUACUGCCGGGAGACAGGAGGAGCGAGGCAGUAGCUUCACAGUUCCUCGACCAUGCUAGCUUCACUCCCACAGAUGGAGUCGACGCGAUCGCUUCCUCGAAAUCCCGACAUGGUUACGCGGCAUCGAUCAGCCGAGGACUUGGACGCAGCGCAACAGCUAGUUUCAUCCGCCCAGGCUGGACGAGAACAUCUUGCCGAUCGCAGUCGUGACGAUGAGGCGUUGAGAAGACAAGAUGGAAACGUUACGCAACCUCCCUACGACUCUGACCGCACCCUUCCUCCCGUCAAGUCCUUCUCCGAUGUGGCUCCCAGUCAUCUCCCGUUGGAAAAACAGUCGCCAAAGUCACAAAAGGACGCUGCGAUAUUUGGGCAUUCUUGCAGUAAUUGCGGAACCAAAAGUACCCCACUAUGGCGCCGAUCCCCAACUGGGGCUAUGAUUUGCAAUGCGUGUGGACUUUACCUGAAAGCUCGGAAUGUUGCUCGACCGACCAAGCGGAACCGGGUACAAACGAGCGUAGAGCCUGGUCAACCUCCUCAGCCGCAUCAACAACAAAUGCCAAUUCCUCCCCAACCUGAGACGCAUACACCACAUGGCGAAGGGGGCUGUCACGGGUCGAAAGGGUCAUGUCCUGGUGGGGGUAGUUGCAAUGGUACGGGCGGUGCGGAGGGCUGCGAUGGGUGUCCAGCCUAUAACAAUCGGGUUUACAAAUCGACAGCCAGAGGCACCGUCCCAGUACACGCCUGGAAUCGAGCGCCAACUGUCGAGAACGAAAAGCCUCCCCCGCUCCAGGAACCCUCGGACGCUCCCGGGAAAACAGCGACGACAGGAGAGGGAAAUAUGCUGGUGUCGUGUCAGAACUGUGGAACCACGGUGACCCCGCUUUGGCGACGCGAUGAAAAUGGCCAUCCAAUCUGUAACGCCUGUGGGUUGUACUACAAGCUGCACGGGUGUUAUCGCCCCACCACGAUGAAGAAGACGAUCAUCAAACGACGAAAACGCGUCGUGCCCGCCUUGCGGGAACACUCGCCGACCGCCGCCACACACUCGUCCAACGGCUCCUCCGCAUCACCAGAGGCAUCUCCGGCUACGUUGGCUCACGGUCACGAAGAUCACUACAGAUAUUACAGCUCUGAGCCGAUGGAGCAUUUUCCCAGCAUGCCUGCAGAGAGAAUUUCACCGGCCGCCCCAAGACAGUAUGGCUUCGCGCCGCCGCCGGUCGAUUUUACGGGCUUCGGCUCCGGCGCGGUCUCCUUGCCGCACCAUCCCCCACCCCCUAGAUUGCUGGAGCCAGAACGCAUUAGCGCCCCCAGCCACUCUCCGGUGUCGCAGUUUGGCCGACGAUCGCUGUCGCCCAAUCCGAGCAACCCCAAGAAACGCACGCUCGCCGAGACUGCCUCUUCUGCAGAAGCGAUCUCCAUUCCAACCACCUUGGAAAAUGGGUCCAACCAGCUGCCUCCGAUUAUGACCUCGAUCAAUCCGUCCCCUCCCGGGCGCCUCAGCUCGAUCUCCUCACUUUUAAAUCCCAACAACCACCAUCACGAGGAGAGUCGCCUAGAUCCAUCCCUUGCGCCAAUGGGUCGGCAGCCACAUCUUCAUCACCAUCAACCGCCUCCACCUCCUACCCUGGCGCCUCCUCCUUCGCAGCCCUUGCCUGGCGUCUCGGAGUUGGACAGCCUCCGCGAGGAAAGGCGGCUGAAACUGCAACGAGAAGCGGAAGAAAUGCGGGAGAUGCUACGUGCCAAGGAGCGAGAACUAGCGGAACUGGGGCAAUAAGAUGGAUAAUCUUAUCAAUCAAUUUAGUCUUGCCUUGGUUUCGGCCUUUGUCCUCCAAUCAGUCCAUCUUAUCUUCCCGAUCCCACUACCCCUUGUUUUUCUUUACCAUUACCAAUCAUACAACCCAAUUUGGCGCCGGGCUUUUCUGACGAAGAUACCACCAACUUGUUAGUUUAUGUCUUCAUACUGGAUUGUUUUUCCGUCUGUCUGAGAAAGAAAAAGCUUCUCUUCUGUCUGGAUUACUGGGAGAGGGUGUUUAAUCUGUUUGAAGCGUCGGCGGGAAAUAGCGAUAUUUUUUUAAAGCUUUAGCUGCUUAGCUGAACCAAUGUAGCUUA